CCUAAGCAUAUAGCGUGCCUAAUGGGUGGGACGUUUCCCCAUUUUCUACCUAGACAAGUCUCAGAUAGGCAUGCUGAGGCCGCUAGAGUUGUACAGCCCUGAGGCACAUAACCAAACCCUUCUGCGCCUGGGGUUACAUUUUGCACUUUGACGAGAGGUGGUGUAAGCGGCUAGAAAGUGGAACGGUAUUACCCAAUAAUCACGCGGGCUUAGUGGUCUUUUUGGUGGUGGAAGGAUUUGGGGGCGAAGCAGGCCUUAGGCGGAGGUCGAUGAGCCGAUAGUCUGCCUAAAGGUUGGAGGGCGCCAAUUUCCGUCUAUGGGCUCGUCGUUUCGUUCUUCUAGCUUGAGCCCGUUGAAUUUAUUAUUUGUAACAGCCAGUGCACACAGCAAAAAUGACGGAUGCCUCGGCGCCAUCCGGCGAAACCACUUCUCCGAAAGAAUCAGGGGUUGAAAAGGAGACGGCUUCGGAGGCAGCGCCCGUCAACGCUGAAGAGAAAAAGCCCCAAAUCCCGCCCGAAUCGAAAGAGGCCCUCGGAGAAGAUGGCGGGAAGAAAAAGUCCGUUGAACCCGACGGCAAUCAGUCCGCCCCGGAGUCGGAUUCCUCAUCUGAUGAGGAUCCUCCAGCCAGCCAAGCACUGUCUGAUAUGAUCGGUAUUAUACAAAGGAAUCUCCUGAAGACAAGGAAUGAAUUGGUAAAACUUGCUCCACGCCCGGCACUUCCAGGUAAAGUGGGCGUAGAACCUACCCCGGAGGAUAAGUUCUUCGGUGAAAUCAUUCGCCUCCCCAUGUCGGAGUGGGCGAAGAGGAAGCAUCUAAAAACGGUUUCCGUUCCGCGUAAUGUAGUUCUCAGGGCCUAUUAUCGCAAGUUGCCAUCAUCAACAACGCAGAAAUCGACCGAUUCGUACUCUCCCAAGGAUCUCGAGGAACCUCAAAGGAUUGCCAUUUCGUCAACAUGGCUGAUAUCUGAGUUGGAAAGUAUAACUAGCAUCGCAACAACUUCUGAACCCGUUUUUACAAAGCCACCCUAUAAGGCCUUCGUUCAAUUUUGGCCGGGAAUUAAAGAGCGAUUGGUUACAUUGAAGGAUGAAUUAUUACAACUAGAGGCGGAAAAGGAGGAUACAGAGCCAAGCGAGGGAAAGCUAACAGAGACGAUACCAAAUGAACCCAGCGCAAAAGGCCAUGCCGAGGGCGUUCCGAAACCCGCUGUAAAUAGAAUUUUCUCGCGAGCUCAGAAACUUAUCGACCUUCGCUUUCGAGUCUCACAUCUUGAAGCCCUUCAUGACUUCAUUUCGGCCGAGUUAAGCCGCCCGUUAGCACUGCGAGCUAAGAUAGAAGACGGUUCUAUCGAGAGGAUCGGCUUCGCAGAUAUAUGGCAGUUAUUCAACGCUGGAGAUUUGUUGUACUCGAAAGAUCACGGUUUCGAGCAACUCUACAGAGCUUAUGCAGUGACGGGCGGUCAGCAGCGAAUGAGAAACCUAACACGACGCGAGAUGGAAGACCUAAGAAGGAAUUUCUCAGGCAUUCACAAUCAUAGGUACUACGCCCGAUUGCGCUACCAAAAUGAGAGUGAAAUUAGCGAACAAGGUGCCUUUAGUGAAGAGGAUCAGGACCUGAACCCACGCGGUACGGCUAUUGGAGUCGGCACCUGGACGCCUUUCACGAUUGAUUGUUACAACAUUGUCAUGGACAGCACGCAACUUGGCGCCGUCGAAUGCUGUAAGCGGAUACAAUGGUACAUUGGCGAAAAGAAUAUAAGGGAUCUACCAAUAAUACCCCUACGCUUUUUGCCCGAGCAGGAUGUCAUUCUGCAACGACUUGAGGCGCGAGGCUUGAAAUGCGUACAAUGUGUCGGCCAUCAGAAAUACGAUGGAUCCGCUUAUGAUUCCAAAGGUCGUUCUAGACGUGAACGUCUCCAGGGUGACAUAUAUGUGGACUACGAAGAAUAUUAUCGCAAAAGAAACUUUUUUGAACCAAGGUUGGGGACCCUUCGCAGAACAACACCAGAACCUACCGAGAUCGAAGAGGAAGAAGGACGCGACAACUUCUCAGUAUUCUCAUUGGAUCAUGAGAUCGACAGACGAAAGAGUGAUAUCUUCCUCGCCUCUCAUGCAGAAGAGCAACAACCAAAAUCUCGCGAGGCAAUUGCUCAGAACAAAAUGGAGUUGAGAUUGAUGUGCCACCAAAUCAUCGCAUUUGUAUUCAGGUCUCGCAAAUGGGCCCGUCUCGAGGUUAAUUUCGUAGAAGAUAUUGACAAGAGCUUCGAAGCUCGUAAUAGUGGAUUUCAUGACUUGAUUAUCAAGCCGAAAUAUCGUCGACUUCUCGUUUCACUCGUGGACAGCCAUACCUCCAAUGCCAACAAAUGGGGAAAAGUUGGCGCAGCAGAAACUAAGCCCCUAAACCAGCUCGAUCUCGUGCGCGGAAAAGGGCUAGGCUUAACAGUGCUGCUUCAUGGACCGCCAGGGACAGGUAAAACUAGCACAGCUGAAACCAUUGCUAGUUACACAGGCAAGCCACUCUAUUCCAUUACAUGUGGUGAUCUCGGGGAUAGCCCGGCGGAAAUCGAACGCAAAUUAGAGAAACACACAGGCCGAGCCGAUAAGUGGGAGUGCGUGCUGCUCCUCGACGAAGCUGAUGUGUUUCUCAUGAGGCGUGACUUCAAGGAUACCCAACGUAAUGCGUUAGUAUCGAUCUUUCUCCGAAUCCUCGAAUACUACUCUGGCAUCCUAUUCCUAACCACGAACCGUGUCGGUGUCCUCGACGAAGCAUUUAAAUCUCGAGUCCACAUUGCCCUUCGAUACCCGAAAGUAAGGCUACCCGAGACACUCGAUAUUUGGAAAGGAUGCCUCGAUCGCAUCGAAAAGGACAACGAGUUCCGAGAUAUAAAGAUUCAAUUCGACCGAGGCGAAUUGAUGGAAUUCGCAGAAAGACACUACCAAAAGCAUCACAAGAAAGACUCAACUUGGAACGGUCGUCAAAUUCGAAAUGCAUUUCAGACAGCCAUCGCGCUCGGACAAUAUGAGCGCAACAGUAAAAUCCAAAAGAAGGGACUUACAGAGGCGAAAGUAUUAGCUUCUGGCAAGGAGAAGUGGCGAAUAAUCCAGUUAACUAAGAAGAAUCUGGAGGUCAUCGCCGAAACCGCCCAAGACUUCGAAAAAUACAUGGAGGCCGUUCAUAGAUACCCCGAUGUCGAGAUAGCAAAAGCGGAUCAGAUCCGAGACGAUGAUUUCAGCGAGUUAUCGGAGGAAGAACCCCCCUUGCGGAAAUCUCAUACAUUUAAACACAGCUCGGGGAGAAAGGAGAGCUCUAAGAAGUCUGGGAAAUCCGUUGCUACUUCAUCCGCUCGAGCGGCUACUCGAGCCGACGAUUCGACAGCUGAAGAUAAUCCGAGUUCGUCUGAUGGCGACAUAGCUGCUAAUGAAAGCAGUUCUGACGAUACUGAUGACGAUAUCUAAGUUACAAUUACUUAGCUAGAUCGAAUUAUGACUCAACUUUGGAUUAACGAAGUUCUAGAGAUAACAGGUAUUAAUUAAGUAAUCCCGACCGUGUGAAGUUAUAUGCGAAGAGUGAUGAUCAAAGACGGGAAUAGAGACAAAAUAAAAUGGUGGGGUUAUCAACACCUAUGAUUUAGUGCAUAUUUAGCGCUACCUCAGCCUCUCAGGUGCUAUAAACACAACGACAUACGCGCUAAAUAUUCCUGUAACUUUCCAAGGCUGGUAGAAUUUAGCGCACAUCUCCCUCGGGAGUCGCCGUAGUUGGUGCCCAAGUGGUAAAUAUAGCGCAACAG